CUUCCAGUUGAUGCAUUUUAGACACUGCCCAAGAAAAAAAAAGAAAAAAAAAUACUCACUUCUGCCUUUUUUUCUCCUGUGACAGUACAAACAGCAGUAAUGGGGUCGUGGUGUUUCCUCCUCCUGGUCAUUUCUAUUUUUCUCAGUAAAUGCCUCGGACACACUGAAUUCAUUUAUACAGUGAAAGAAGUACUGUUGAAUUGCAGCACUAAUAAAUGGGAAAUAAGCACAGAGUCUGACAACAAAAUUGAUGUGAGUUGUACAGUGGAAUGUGUUCAUCAUGAAUCACACGUGAUAAACCUGAAUAAUAUCCAGAAAUCUUGCACAAAGUCAUAUUCAGACAAAGUUGGUGAAAACUGUCCUCUAAAAGCAAGUUGUGGAUUUUUUCGAUGUGUUUCUGCUCUGGAUUCUGGUUUCUUGUAUCCAUUCAAACCGUCUCCCAACACUGUUACAUCAUACGUAGUCGCUCACGCAAAUGAAGAAAUGACGACCAAAUCUGAGGAAAGAUCUUCAGUCGAGCUAACUGAAGGGGGAGAUGUUCUGUUAAACUGCAGUUUUCACUUUACAGCAGGAUAUGACCACCAGGGAUUUACUGUGUACUGGAUUAAGACCAUUGAAAGGAGCAGCAGCUGUGUGUAUUCUUAUGAUUUGGGCACGUAUGGUUUGAUGUACAAUCACCACUGCAAUGUGCAAGAAGAUCUGCUUCACAGGCUCUCAAACAAAACUGAUAGUAAAACCAGCCAUAACAUCAGGAUCAGAAAUGUAACAGAGUCAGAUGCUGGACAAUAUCUCUGUGUCUUACACGUGCACAGACAUUACAAUAAAACAAAAGGCAACUGGAAGAUCAUAAAUAAUAUUACAGUCAGUGUAGAUAAAGACAAAGGACCUGAAAUAUCAAGAUACAACAGCAGUGAUGAUAUCAACACAAAACUGAUCCCUUUAUAUGCUACAAUUUCCGCAUUACUGGUUCUUGCUGUAAUUGGGAUUAUCUGGAAAAAGACUAGAACCUCGCCCAGAUCUCAGGCGAUAGAGCUGCAGAGGAACCAGAACGGGGAGGAUACAAAAGAAGCUGCUGAUAUGGAAUGUUCUCCAUAUGCUGUGGGGAUUGGAGAAGAAGAGAUUACGUUUAAGUCCAAGAGGGAGGCUAUAAAACAGGGCGGCGAGGAAGAAGCCGCCUAUUCGGUGGUAAAGCAGAAUGACUUGUAUGAAUCCGGAGCAUAACAAGACACCAACAUUUACAUCAUUAAAGGGAUUUUUCAAGAUUUAAUGAUCGACGGAUCUACUAGGGAUGUACAUCUCCAUGAUUGAUGCCGAUGCCAUUCUCAUCUCGAUGCAUAUCCAACCAUACGAUACAUUAAAGAUACAGAUACAGAUGCCAUGCAAUACGAUUCAAUGCAAUGGAAAAAAAUAUGAUUCUAUGCAAUUCAAUACAGUAGAUAGUUUAUUAAAUUAUUAUUAUUAUUAUUAUUAUUAUUAUUAAAUAAAACCAGACAUUCUUUUCCUGUUGUGUCUCCAGGAAGGUACAGCUCUACCUCUGCCAUGUUAAUCUGUAUUCUAUGUGACUCUCAGGACACGCCUCGGUCUCUGUAGUGUUGUGAUACGUCAUAUUCACGUAGCAGCAGCGGUGCUGAGAGAACGAGAGAAACUAUUUAGCGAUGAGAAAUCGAUCUACACAUCAAAUAUUGGUUGCAAAUUAUUGUCACUUUUUAAGUAAUAUAAAUAUUGUGCAGCUACUAAUAAUUCAGUAUAAAUACAGUUUUUUUACCAAUGCAAAUUUGUUAAAAACAAUGCAUCAUGAUAAAACUGCCAGCUUGUAUCCGAUGCACACGAUAUCAAAUCGAUGCAUCACAUCAUUAACUUUAAUGAAGAUGCACCGAUGCGAAUCGCUGAAUCUUACCAUCCGUAAUAUUUACUAUAUACAGUAUUAACAUAUUUACUGUGUGCAUUGCCAUCAAUUUCUUUAUCAGAUGUAAAUUAUGUAAAUAUCAUUACCGUGUGAUAUCUAUCCUUAUUAUAUAUACAUUAUUAUAUAGAAUUUGUGUGCUUAUGUAUACUUUAUAUUGUGCUGUGAUCUAAAAAUAUUUUUUGCAUUAAUUAUUUUGUGCUGUUACGUUAUUGUUUAUACAAAAUAAAAUGGAUGUGGUGCGACAA